AUCAUUAACGUCAUAUAUAACGCAAAAACUUUUAUUAUGAAUUAAUUAUGAAAAAUUAUGGUCAGCCGAUUCUCACCGGCGAUGUGUUGAACCCGUAUUCUCACGUUUUGCACACACCUCGUCCCGUUAGAUCAUCUUUUCGGUAAACCGUCAUCGUCUUCGCAGGCAUGCAUGGACGAGAAUGGAUUGGUACCGCGGUGGCGACCUACAUAUUGAGUCAACUGGUGGAAAAGAAUUCGAGCUACACGAAGUUGUUGGGUAAUUCGGACUGGAUGAUUCUGCCGGUUGUGAAUCCCGACGGUUACGAGUAUAGCCAUGUCGGCGACCGUUUUUGGCGGAAAACCAGAAGCAAUCACGUGGAAAGCCAAAACGACAGUAGAUACACGCCUUCCAAUUUAUUACAGUUCGUAACACACUAUGCCAGAUGGUUAUGGACUACAUGCGAAGGAGUCGAUCCGAAUCGAAAUUUUGCAUACCACUGGGGCGAAGAGAAAGAAGGAGGUGCCAGUUCAGAUCCCUGCCAGGAAACAUAUUCCGGGCCUUACGCCUUUUCCGAACCCGAAACGAAGGCCAUGGCGGAUUACAUUAUGGCGAACAAGCAACAUAUUCGAAUGUACUUGACUCUGCAUUCUUAUUCGCAAAUGUGGCUGGUACCGUGGAGUUACACACGUUCGAAACCGCCGGAUUUCUCCGAUUUGAUGAGUGUAGCGAAAAAGGCAAUUAACGCGAUCACGAAAGUUCACGGCACUAAUUAUCAACUUGGACCGUCAGCAGAACUGAUGUAUCCGACUUCUGGAGCGUCUGACGACUGGGCUAAAGGCGUUGCUUCGAUAAAGUAUGCGUACACGGUGGAACUACGUGAUCGCGGAACGUACGGAUUCCUAUUACCGGCUAAUCAAAUAGUUCCGACUGCGCGCGAGAUCUGGGCAGGAAUCCGGGCGAUCGCACGCUUAGUUACCUGCAACACGUGAAAUCCACGUUUCGCGCACUUCUGAUGCGCACUUAAGCGUCUGAACGUUCUUUCUUCGAUCCAGAUAAUGGAAACUGGAUCAAUGCCCUUUGUGAAUCACAGAAAUGUGGGAUUUUACGCACACGUCAUUUUUGCGCAAUUUUGGACAUCGAUGGACAGGGUACAUAGGGCAUUCGUACUGAGAAAUCAACACUCGUAUUGUUAUCGAAGAGUUACAAGAGACGAGAGAUAAAUUUACAUGGAAUUGGAUGCAUUAUAUCAUUGUUUUCUGUUAUGAUAUCAUUGAUUGUCGAGU